AUGAUCCCGUUCGAUCUGUUCAACGUCCCGUGGGUCGCGUUCCGCGACCAGGACGGCAUGGCGGGGUGCAUCAAGGACGAGUGCGCGCACAGGGCGUGCCCGAUAUCCCUCGGGAAAGUCGUCGAAGGACGCGUGCAGUGCCCGUACCACGGGUGGGAGUACACCUCGGGAGGGGAGUGCAAGAAGAUGCCGUCGAUAAAAAACCUCCUCCCGAACGUCUACGUCGACGCCGCGCCGAUCGUGGAGCGCGACGGGCUGUUAUACGUGUGGGCGGGGGUGUGGGAGCCGGAGAGGGCGGAGGAGAUAUUGAGCGAGCUCCCGCCGAGCGCGGCGACCGCGCCGCCGAGCGGGUUCGCCGCGAUGGCUGAGGUCACCGUCGACGUCCCGCUCGACGCGCCCGCGAUUUUGUCGCGACUGAUGGACGAGAACAAGGUGCCGUUCACGCGCGUGGACACGACGACGCUGAGCGACGACGUCUUCCCGAAGGUGAUCGCGAAGGUGUUGCGGGGGUUCGGUAAGCCCGCGCCGAAACGCGUGGAGUUCACCCCGGCGUGCAUACUCGACAGCACGAUCGGUCUGGACGGCGUGGGCGGACAAGACUGGAACGUGCAUCAGACGCACGUCGUGUUACCCUCGCGGCCCGGGAAGGCGCGGGUGUUGUACCGCCUCUCCGUGGACUUUGUCGUCGGCGCGGAGAUCGCGCGGACCGUGGGCGGGCAGGUGUGGCAGAACCUCGCGGAGAUGAUCCUCCAAGAGCAGCUCGAGGGGAUCCGGGGGGGGAGGUUCGAGGACGACAGCGUCGGGGAGCAGGCCGCGGACGUGUCGCAGAGCUACGACGAGUGGAUGGAAGAGAUCCAGGCGCCGCGGUGA